AUGGGAUUUGACUGUUGCGGCUCACCGGCUCCAGCCCCUGAACCUGAUGUAACCCCAAUCGUGACUUCAACUGCGGAGACGAACAGUUGUACGUUUUGUCCUCCCGACACCACGACCCCCGCUCAUAGAGAGCCUAUCCAGGAGAAAUCGGAUAGUUCCUGCUCUCCUGGCAAAUGCUCGGACAACAAAACCGAGAAUGAUACAGACGCGCCUGACUGCUGCCGUGGCAAAGUCGGCCCAUGCUGCGACAUGUCUUGCCUUGACCGCUUGGCUAUGCGGGAAUGCGAGAUAGGUGCUGCGGCUCCUCCCGGCCCAAACGGUCAGCAAACCAUUUGUGGAGGGGCUAUCGACCGCAAGGCAUGCAGUCAACAUAGUCUCUCCGCCCUCGACCGCUAUGGCGCUACUUUGCAAGCCCUGGGAUGUAUCUGCCGUGCGCUCAUUGCUCUUGGCCAGGAAACCUGCUGUGAAAUUCGCGAGCGCCGCUCACUGGACGGGAAGCACUGCUCGAGGAAAUCAUCCGCUCGUUCCCUUCUUCGCACUUCGCUGGGUUCCUGCAGCAGCAACGGCUCUGUCAUCAAGGAUCAGGCCGCGCAGAACCAUCCUCGCCUACGGAGGGCCUCUGGUGAAAGCGCCAGGUCAGCCAAGAAGCCAUUCGCGGAUGCUUGCGUCUCUUUUCCUUCGAAGGACAAGCACGCCAGAGAGCCUCCCGUCAAAAGCAAGUGCUCUAAGUCGUGCUCCUCUGAGGGCACACCUGUCAGGGAACGACCCCUAAAGGGCAACUGUGCCGACGCUUGCUGCACGGAAAAAAAGUCUAACAAAGAAGCCCCAGCGAACAAAAAGUGCUCGUAUGCUUGCUGCUCUCAAGACACGCCGGUCACGGCUCCAUCCGUCGAGGAUAACUGUGCUAAGUCUUGCUUCUCCUUCGAAAAGUCCGCGAAACAGCCUGCUGCGCAACCUGGACGCCUUGUUUCUUGCUGCUCGGAGACUUCUUCUGCCGAGGAAUCCUCUCCCAAGCUUGACUGCACUGGAUCUUGCUGUCUCGGAGACGAGUGUGUCAAAGACAAUGACACGAAAAGCAUUUAUGCGGAUUCGUGCUUUUCGAAGCUCAAGCCCGUCGUUGAGCCUCCCACUAGUGAUUCUGCAGGAUCUUGUUGCGGAACAGCUAAGAACGCGAUCACUAAGGAGCCCUCUGGUGCCGCCUCUGGAUCUUGCUGCAAACCACCGAAACAGGAUAUCUUCAAGACCCCCAAAACUAGUUGCGCAGACUCUUGCUGCACAGAAAGGCAGCCGAUCAGCCCUCAAGGCUCUUGCGCCGAUGCUUGCUGCUCCUCUACUCCACUCAAUUCUGGUUUUGGGAUUGAGAAAUCCCCGAUUAAGGCCAUCACCGAUAUAGAGAAUCAGGGUAACGGCAAGGAACAUGUCGUUCUCAGUAUUUCUGGCAUGACUUGUACUGGUUGCGAGACAAAGCUCAACCGAAUCCUCGUUAGCGUCCCCACUGUCAAAGACCUGAAAACUAGUCUGGUUCUCUCACGAGCCGAGUUCAACGUCGAUCUCCGCCUUGGCUCGGUGGAAGGAGUCAUAAAACAUCUAGAGCGAACGACUGAAUUUAAGUACGAAAGAGUCCAGAACCAGGGAUCUAGCCUAAAUCUUAUUGUCCCCGGUGAACCCUCAAAAUUCAUUAGUCAGAAGUGGCCGGACGGAGUAAUUGACAUGGUACCCGUGGACAAGCAGACCGUGCGAGUGGCUUUUGAUCCGAAGAUUCUGGGAGCUCGAGACCUCACCGAGAAGAUUUGGGGUCAGCCAAUUGGACUUGCUCCUCCACGCGGUGACCCUUCCCUGGAGGCUGGCAGUAAGCAUGUUCGCCAUGUCGGGUAUAUGACCUUUUUCUCCGCUGUCUUGACGAUCCCGGUCCUGGUCAUGGCAUGGGCUCCGCUUCCUGAGAGGGAGGUGGCAUAUUCCUCGGCUUCCCUCGCCUUGGCCACGAUUGUUCAAGUUGUCAUAGCAGGACCUUUCUAUCCCAAGGCCCUGAAAGCUUUCAUUUUCUCCAAGGUUAUAGAAAUGGAUCUUUUGAUCGUCUUGAGCACCAGUGCUGCCUACAUCUUCUCGGUUGUCUCCUUUGGGUACCUCAUUGCAGAAAACCCCCUUUCAACCGGUCAAUUCUUUGAAACGAGCACUCUCUUGGUCACUUUGAUCAUGGUUGGUCGAUGGGUUGCCGCUCUCGCUCGUCAGAAAGCUGUUGAAUCCAUUUCUAUCCGGUCACUUCAGGCAUCGAGAGCUAUCCUUGUCGACAAAGAGAGCGGAACGGAACGUGAGAUCGACGCCCGGCUUCUUCAAUACGGCGACACCUUUAAAGUUCUCCCUGACACCAAAAUCCCGACCGACGGCACUGUCAUCAAUGGGUCGUCCGAGGUUGACGAGUCUAUGCUCACUGGUGAAUCUAGACCGGUGGAAAAAUAUCCCAAGUCUGUGGUGAUUGCUGGGUCUAUCAAUGGACCUGGAGUUAUGACUGUUCGACUGAACCGUUUAGCUAGCGAUAACACUAUCAAUGAUAUUGCUGCGAUGGUCGAUGAGGCCAAACUGUCGAAACCCAAGAUGCAGGAUCUAGCGGACCGGGUCGCAUCCUAUUUCGUACCGGUUGUUGUGGCAUUAACGAUCAUCACGUUUGUCAUUUGGGUCGCAGUGGGCAUGACUAUUCGUGGAUACGAUGGAUCUGAGGCUACAAUUCAGGCCAUCACCUACGCUAUUACUGUCCUCAUUGUCUCUUGCCCCUGCGCUAUUGGAUUGGCUGUUCCUAUGGUCAUUGUAAUUGCCAGCGGAGUCGCAGCGGAAAGAGGUAUCAUCUUCAAGUCAGCAGAUGCUAUUGAAUUGGCUUAUAAGACGUCGCACGUCGUGUUUGAUAAGACUGGGACCUUGACUCAGGGAAAGCUUUCUGUCGUCGCGAAGGUCUGCGCCGACGUGGACCAACUCCCGCUUCUUCUAGGCCUCAUCGAAAACAGUCGACACCCAGUCUCGGUUUCUGUGGCUGCCCACCUAAAGGAUGCUGGAACUAUGGCUUCGACUGUUCCUGAGCCCAAGAGCCUUACUGGUAAAGGUGUUGAAACUAUCUUGGGUGGCCGGAGACUUCGAGCAGGCAAUUCUCGCUGGCUGAAUUUAUCGGAACAUAAACUUGUCCAACCAAUGCUUUCUCAAGGAUACACUGUCUUCUGCUUUACAAUCGACGAUGCGUUAAAUGCGGUCUAUGGCCUUGAAGAUGAGCUUCGACCUGACGCUACAGGGACGAUUGAGACCCUGCAGAGGCGUGGCAUCUCGGUACAUGUGGUUUCUGGCGACGAUGACGGAGCUGUUCAGAUUCUAGCGUCCAAGCUUGGUAUUCCUGGCGAUAAUGUGCGUUCUCGAAGCUCACCCGCUGACAAGAAGGACUACAUCCAGAAGCUCCUCGGUACUGGCACAGAUCGCAAGGAACCGGUUGUUGUUUUCUGCGGUGACGGCACGAACGAUGCCGUUGCUCUCGCGCAGGCUACGAUCGGCGUCCACAUGAACGAAGGCACGGAUGUCGCGCAAUCCGCCGCGGAUGUGGUUCUCAUGCGGCCUUCUCUGGCUAGUAUUUCCACUAUGAUGAACGCCAGUCGGAAGUCCGUCAACCGCAUCAAGUUCAAUUUUGCAUGGAGUUUCGUAUAUAACACCUUUGCAGUCCUUCUCGCUGCGGGUGCUUUUGUCAAUGCGAGAAUUCCUCCAGAAUUUGCGGGGCUAGGAGAGUUGGAGACUGUGUUUCCUGAUUAUGCGAACAAAAAUGAGAUCUUAAUGCGCUUGUCGCUUGCGUUGGCUGGGCUAGAUUACUUCUACCCAGACAAAUCCGCCGAUCAAGAGCAUACCAUACAUACGACAUCUCAAGACGCCGACACCUCCUACGUCUCUCAUAAUCACCGACCACCCCCUGGAACAAAUUCCACUUCGCCGUCGGAGCUCAGCAUUAACGCCGCCCAUCUAGAGGUUAUAUUUGCGCACCAUCAGAUUGGACUAAGGGGGUUCCGGAAAGCACUAUCCAACCUGUCAAAUCCCAACUGCUGUGAGAUCUUUGUUGGCGCCAUGCUCCUUGUCAGUUUUGCCUUCGGUUCGCUUCGAGUCAGAAACAUGAACGAUGUGGUCUCGGCGUCUUUCCAACCGCCAGAAUGUAUGCAGCAACUUCACCCACGAUUCGAUUGGAUAGUCCUCAUCCGUGGAAUGAUGCCUGCCAUCGGAAAAUACUGGGCCUAA